AUGAGAUACCAUCGCAUCAACAACGAGAUCCAGCAACUCCCGGACAGCGGGAUUCCAUCAGCAGCAGCAGCAACACCACCAUCCUCCUGCCCGGACCUUCUCGCCUCUGUCCUGACAGCCAACCCACCGGAUGCCCAAGACCCUCUCAAGCGCGCCCUUCCCUUCCAGCCGCGCUCCUACCGGGACUUCAUGCUCUUCGAGGACCACUACUACGGCGCGGCCCUCGGCUCCACCUCGCUGUGGCGUUCCCCCCCGAUGAACCCGCCCGCGCUGUGGUACCGGCAGCCCAUCUUCUACCAGUCGAACCAUCUCGCCUUCUAUGCGGACGGCGCCCCGGUUCAUUGCCCUAGCUAUGCUGAGUACCUCGACGUCGAGCUCGAGCUGGGCAUUGUGCUGGGCGGGGAGUUGUUCAAUGCGACGCCAGAGGAGGCCGAGGAGGCGGUGGCCGGGUUUUGUGUGUUUAAUGAUUUCUCGGUGCGGAAUGGGCAGAUGGAGGAGAUGUCUAGUGGUUUUGGCCCUCAGCACUCCAAGUGCUUCGCCAACAGUAUUUCCUCCGUGGUGGUCUCGGCGGAUGAGGUUUUCCCCAUGAUCAACAAACUCACGGGCAGAGUCAUUAUCAAUGAGGUAGUGGUCAGUGAGUGUAGGGCAGAUAGUUGGCAAUUCUCAGUCGGUCAAGCGCUUGCGCAUGCUUCCAAGAGCACAAGGCUGUAUCCUGGGGAAUUUUUUGGCUCUGGGACAUUCCCUGCUGGAGCGGGUAUUGAGCAUGCCAGAUUCCAGCUGAAGGUAGGCGAUAUAGUGAGGUUGGAGAUCGAUGAGAUCGGAAGCGUGACGAACACCAUCGUCACCGAGAAAUGA